AGUGGAAAACAAGAGACAUGUGGAGGCGCUUUUGCUUUGGUGCAAAUAUGGCUACGAGAGGCGCGCUGCGGUGGACGCUUUUCUGUCUUUUCUGCAACUUUUUCACGCACGGCUUUCCUCCACCGCCUUCUUAUGACCCCUUCCGCGCCGGAGCGGCGCACGCACACAGAAACAGGAACCGCUGCGCCUACGUGGUGCACAAGAACAUCAGCUGCGCCGUGCGAGGCGGCGUCGAGAGCUUCCAGGAGCCGGCGGAGGCGGAGGCCUGCCCGCCCUACGUGACCGACUGCCCCCGCCAAGUGACAUACAAAAGCCGCUUCCGCCCCGUCUACAAGAUGGCCCACAAGACGGUCACGGAGUUGGAGUGGCGCUGCUGUCCGGGCUACCGAGGACCCGACUGUCGGGACUUCAAGGACGCUCCGCGGGGAACUGGGCCGCACGGCCCUUGGAGCACACGACCGGCGCAGAGGGCCGAGCGCGGGGAGACGGGCCACGACGAGACAAACGACAAGGUGCGCCUUCUGGAAGGCCAAGUUCAGCGCCUCUCCCAGACGGUCCUGGAGCUGAGCUCGGCCUUGAAAGGCUUAAGUGCCGACCUGCGGACCGACCUGCGGGCCGACCUGCGGGCUGACCUGCGGGAGGACACCGAGGCCACCUUGACGAGCCUCUUCAACAACAUGCGGCCCCCCGAGGGUGCGGCGCUCCCCGGCCCCGGGGACGGGCCCGCCGUGCUGGACGGCCACCAGGCGUCCAGGAGCGGCGUGGCCGGAGACCGGGCCAUGGAAAAAAUCCAAGGCCGCUUAGACGACAUCGACGAGGUCCUCAAAAGCAAGGAGGAGUCGCUGGAAGACCUGCGAGGCUCAGUGAGGAGCCACGAGGGGCAGAUUCGCGCCCUGAUGGACGCCUCGCAAUCGCCGGCUCCCGCCGCGACCGAGCUGGAGGUCGUGCGCGGCUACAUUGACGCCAAAGUCCAAAAUCUGAAGCACGAACUGGAGCGCAGCGUGACGGAGCAACUGGACAAGAUCCACGCCUGGCAGAAGAGCCGGCGGGACGGCCCCGCCCGAGCGCCGGACCGGGAGGAGGCGGCGUCGCCGCACGCGACGGCCAGCGACGGGCCAUCGCGAACCCAGCGGCAGACGGAGCCGAGCGAGGAGGAGCGGCAAGACCGCAAAGACUUGCGGCUGGAGAUGGAGCGCGUCAAAGAGGCGUACCGCAUUUUGAACGUCCGCAUCGACAACGAGUUGGCGCGCCGGUCCGAGCCUCGGGAGCCCGGCGAAGACUUGCUCAUGCUGAUUGAGGAUUUGGAGGCCCGCUUAAACGUCAGCGAGCAAAACGCAGAGGUUCACUGCUUCUACGUGGAAGAGAAGCUGACGCGGACCGUCACCGAAGAAGUCGCGUCGCUGAGGCGAGUCCUGGAGGAGCGCCUGGACGACGCCGAGGACCGCUUCACCGGCAUGCUGGUGGAAAUCAGCAACAAGUCCUUCCCGGGCGCCUACGCAGACUCGCUGGAUGCCGUGCGGGCGCGGGCGGACCACAACAAGUUCCUCCUCCGGGCUUUGGACGACAAGAUCAACGCCGUCGGGGAGUCGUGCUGCGCCGGCGCCCAAGGAAGUUCCUCGCCGAAGGAGGUCGGCGAGGACUUGGACGCCCUGCGCGCCAACGUCGCCGCCAACGCCGACGAGCUGCGGCGCUUGCUGGAAGCCGGCGACGAGAGACGUUCCCAGAGCGCCGCCGCCUUCCGCGAGGAGUUGUCCCGCGCUCGAGAUGACGUCGCCGGCCUGGCCGCCGCCGUGGCCGCACUGAGCGAGUCGUCGAGCCAGCGCCAGCGCGACCUGCUUGAAAUAAACGCCACGUGUUGCCGGCCGCGGGCCGACCCCGGCGGGCUGCGGGGACGGCUGGAGGCGCUGGAGAAGGCGUGCCUCCGCUUGGACGCUGAGGGCGGAGCGGGGGGCGGCGACGCCACUUGCGGACGCCACGCCGCCGACGUGGCCCAGCUGCGCGACUCCUUGCGGCGCUUCCAGGCCCAGCUGUCCGCCAUGGCCAGGCAGCUUUCCAAGGAGGUCGCCGCCAGGGAUCCCGGAGUCCUCCUCAGACCCGAGCCGCCGGCAUCCCCGCCGGACCCCGGCAGAGUUCACCGAUUCCACAUCCCCCUCGUCAUCCCCCAUCCCAGGCGGCCCGACGGGCACCCCGCGAGGACGGCGCCCCCGAACAGGCCUGCCGCCCCCAGGUGGCCCGGAAGCCGCGGCGUCCCCGUGAUGCCCGGCAGGCCCGUGGUGGAGACGGGCGAGGCGGGACCUCCCGGGUUCAUGCGCAGGGUCACGGUGAGGAGGGGCUCCGAGGACUCGGCCGACUCCACGCUCGUCGGGGCGGCGGGGGCGCCAGGCUAUCCUCCCUCGCAGCCGGUAUCGUUCAAGCCAAAGUGGAGCGGUCUCACAGGUCCACUAGCAGCUCAAGUGCCCUGGCAGCAAUGGCGGCAAGCUCCAGUCCAAUCACUGGGCGCUCCGGUGGAGCGCUCGGCUUUGGCCGAGCCUUUCUCCUUCUCGGCCGGCCUCACUCUUCAGCCUUUCUCUGGAGAGGUUGGCAUCAUUCGCUUCGACAAGGUUUUGCUCAACGACGGCGGCCACUACAGUCCCCGCACAGGGCUGUUCACGGUCCCACGCGAUGGCCGCUACCUGAUCUCUGGCCUUCUGACGGCGGCGCCCGGCGAGUCGGUGGAGGCCAUCUUGUCCGUGUCCCGCCGCAGCCUUCAGAGGUUUCGGAGCUCGGCGGCGGCGGCGUCGGCGUCCGGUCGGGACGCGUGCGGCUGCGGCGGCUCGGUGUCCUUCGGCCUCGUCGUGCCGCUGAAGCGAGGCGAUGGCGUGGGCCUGCUGAGGACGGCGGGGCGGCUAGCCACCAGCGAGGCCCGCGAGGUGCUCUCCACCUUUGGCGCCCUCUUCCUGUACGGACCCCAAGAUGAGCGCAGAUAGCUCCAGCUCAAGGGCUGCCUGCGAUCUUGAACUGUGUGCAUACGAACAAACAUCAUCUAAUAUAUUUGACAAUCUUUGUACCGCCCAUCGGGAUUAUGGAAAAGUCUUUAUAAUUUAACACACAUAACCUGUGACGUGACGCCAAUAAAUGGUCGUAUAUGAA